AUGAAAAUCAAGACCAUCUCCCGGUCUCUCGACGACCAUCUCCCCUCUUCUUCCUCCGCCCCUCAUCCCCUUUCUCGAAACCUCGCACCUCACCUACACCCCUUUUCCAAACCCAGAGAAUAUGCGCGAGCAGUCACCGCCGUCAAGAUGGACCGAAUGUUCGCCAAACCCUUCGUGGACGCUCUCGGAGGACACCAAGACGGUGUCUACUGUCUUGGUAAGGACCCUCGGAGAGCGACAGUGGUGGCCGGUGGCGGAGGUGAUGGUGAAGUCAUUGUACAUUCAUUAGCGCUCAGGCGUCCGCUUCUCAAGAUUGCUGCUGCGCACAAGGGAAUGGUAGGCGGGAUUUGCUGGACGGCAGAGGCGAAAGAUGGAAGGCGAGGGUUGAUCACAUGUGGAAAGCUUGAUGGAACUGUCAAAAUCUGGAGGAGCGGCGCGUUUGCGCCUGGUCUCAGGGAUAAAGACGCAUUCGAGGGGAACGAAUUUGGUCUGGGAGAUGGCGAUGCUGGGUUCUUGGACCAAGCAGGCGCUAUCGGAGAGUCCGGGUUUGAGUUUGACGAGGAGGCUGGAGGCGGCUUGUCAAUCGACUCUUCAAAGAGAGACGCCCUGGGCCAGAACCUCGAGCCGGUUAUGACCUAUACGUCCAAGAACGGAUUUAAUGGCAUCGAUCACCAUCGCUCAGAUGCUGUCUUUGCCACGGCAUCGAAUACUGUUCAGAUCUGGGACGAGAACCGCUCGGCGGCCCUCAGCAAUUUGCAAUUCGGCAACUCUAUGGAAACUGUUACCCAAGUCAGAUUCAAUCAAAGUGAAACGAGUGUGCUGGCUAGUAUUGGCAAUGAUAGGACAAUGUGUCUUUACGAUAUCAGGACGGGUAAAGCUGAGAGGCGUGUCGUUACUCAGUUCCGAAACAACUCCAUCUCCUGGUGCCCGACGCUCCCUACCGUCAUUCUGAUGGGCUCAGAAGACCACAAUUGCUAUACCUUUGACAUCCGAAAUCUUGAAACUCCCAACCAGAUCUACAAGGGUCACGUUGGUGGUGUCAUGGGAUGCGACUGGAGUCCAACGGGAGAAGGAUUCGUCUCUGGCUCGUACGACCGAACCAUUCGCUUGUGGGACCGAGAGUCCGGAAAGUCGAGGGAUGUGUAUCACACAAAGCGGAUGCAGCGCGUUUUUGACGUCGCGUAUACCCCCACCGCCGACUUUGUUCUUUCCGCCUCCGAUGAUGGUAACGUUCGUAUCUGGAAGUCUGACGCUUCCAAGAAACUCGGCCCCGUUUCCACCAAGGAGCGCCAAGCUAUCGAGUACAGGCAAAAAUUGGUCGAGAGGUACUCGCGCGAGAAGGGCGUCAGGGAAGUCAAGGAGAGAAGACAUGUGCCGCAAAGUAUUCACAAGGCGACGAAGACGAAGAGGGAUAUGAUCGAGGCGAGGAACGUCAAGGAGGACAGGAGGCGAAAGCAUACCAGAGCAGGGAGAGAGAAGCCCAAAGCGGAGAGGAAGAAAACUGUCAUUGUGGAACAGAAAUAG